GCCAUCUUGGUGUUGCUAUGGUAACGUGAAUCAAAUAAACUUCCAAUAAGAAAAACGCGGUAAAAUAAAGUGAAAUAAUUAAGAUUUAUGGAUUAUAUCAUUUUGUGUCAGUGGCAGUGACUUUUUUUUCUUUGAUUUACUCAAAAAGAAUGGCCUGACGUGUGGUGUUCUUGGUGUGAUCCAGAAAUUGUGGUGCCAAAAUGGGAACGUGGGGUUGGUGUCUGUUCGCUGUCCUGGGGUUGACAGUCGCCCAAGGUCCGGAGAAACGAAGAACCGGCAAUGUGUGCAGUGUGGAUAUGGACUGCCCAGAUAACGCUUUUUGUAGACAGGGGAGCUACUGUGUCUGCAAAGACGGAUUCGUUUAUGCGGCCAUCAACGGCACCCACAAGGGAUGCUUGAAAGAGGGGAAAUAUGGAGAAGAAUGUGUGCAACAUAUCCAAUGUCAUUCUACCCUUGGCGUGCAUUCAGAGUGCGCAGAAGGAAAAUGCAGCUGCGCGGCGAACGCUCAUCUAGAAGAUGACAGGUGUUAUGAAACAUCCCGGGUCGGAGACCGGUGCGUUGUUGACCAGAACUGCUUCUUGGGCGCCAGCGAGACAGGCCCGGAGCGCCAGGCCUUCUGUGUCAGGGGGUACUGCACCUGCCAGCUUCAGUACAGCCCGAGGGAUAACGGCACUAGAUGCGUCCGCGAUGCUAUGCUGUAUGAAGAAUGCGAGGAUUCCUUGCAGUGCACUGGGCCAGGCAUGGAGUGCCAGGGGAUAUGCCGCUGCUGGGCUGACUGGGUCGCCCACAACGAGACCAGGGCAUGUCUCAAGACCGUGAGGGCGCUCAACGAAGCUUGCGUGUACGACGUCCAAUGCGACGCUCUCGCCGGUACCGCCGAAGCCCCGUCUCCUGGAGCCGCCCUGUGUCUGGGUGGAGUUUGUUCCUGUUCCUACAGCGCCCGGGCUGCCGGGACUCCGGAACGAUGCUGGCAUAGGCGUAGACCGGGGCAGGAGUGUCGUUUAGAUGAGGAAUGCGUUUCAGAAGAAAAUGAGCCCGGUUACUGCCUAUCAGGGCGUUGUACCUGCAAAACUUGUUCCCCAGACGCCAGGGAUUUCGGCGGAGCAAGCACCUUAUCUCGUCCGCCAGUUUACAUAGCCGCCAUUUUGUCCAUCGCCGCCAUCUUGAGGCUCUGAGACCGCCAUCUUGUCCGCCAUUUUGUAACAACCAUUCCCUGCAUAGAAAUUGUUUUAGUAUUUGUGGACGAACGAUUGUAUCCGAGUGGUUGUUGGAGUAUUAUCGAACGAAAACCAGUUUCUGAGAUCUAACGGUUCAAUUAGUCAUAAUAAAUAUACGAUUAAGUUAUGUUUUUAAAAUAUCUCUGCAUGGAUAUUUCUGCGGAUUUUUAUUUUUGAUAAAACUUUAAAUUGUUGAAGAAUUUUUAAAUACUACUAUGAAACAUACCGGCAAUUCACGGAGAAUGAUAUGAAUUUUCUACAUUUUUGGUUUUACCAAAAAAAAGGUUCACAAUAACAUGAAAGGUAGGUUGCACACUACAAAAUCUAAGGGUACUCACAGACAUAGAACAUAAUUAUUUGAUGUCAGUAACAUGCACAACUAUAUUAUAUGUUGAGUCCAUGUUCUCCGUGAAAAAAAAACCCAAAGACGACCAGGGACAUGGUAAUACUUGUCGUGAUCAAAUUUUUCAGUCCGCAGAGAUUUUAUCAAAAGAAAUUUACCAUUAGUUAAGUCCACAUAGAUUCUAUUGCACAAAUAGGUAUAUUUUAUAGGUUGUUAACGAUUUAGUAGUCUAUUCAAUCUCUGAUAAGUUGUAAAUAUGUUGUUGUUACUGUAAAUUUUAAAUAAGAGUUAGUAUAAACAUCUCCAGAAUUUUAGAUGCAGUAUUUUUCGAGUGCAAUUUUUUAUCUGUUUGUUAUGACAGCUAUAAAUGAAUGGGUAGAUCAUAUACCAAAGACGUGAACACAAACUUGUUGAAUUGUGUAAAUAAAUUAUAUUUAUUUUGAACGACUAA